ACAGAAAUUUGGUAACUGAACACUACAUUCCUGUGAAUACUAAAAGUUGGCAGACGUACUGAAACACGAACCAAAAGUAACCUACAUUGCAUGAAGAAAAAUUAAGAAAUUGUGAACCUGGCCACAUUGGUUGCUCAAAAUGCGCUUUUUAUCUGCAGCUUGUUUUAUCGCAACCUUGUUCGUUCUGAUCGCUAAACACGGCGCCGAAUCUGGAGCGUGUGGGGAGACGGAUGUCUGUACAGCCAUUAAGACUUUGGAAGCGGAGUUGGAAAAGCUUAUCGCGUUGGUUACCCCGCCAGCUGUUCCUGCUUCUUCCUGUAAGGAAUUGUAUGACAAACACAGCUUGCGAGUAAAUAAAGCCUACGUGCUGCAGACUGACAGUGGAAAGAUCCCUGUGUAUUGCCACAUGACUAGUCACGACCUUGGCGCAUGCGGAGGAGGAGGAUGGACACUGGUCAUGAAAAAUGAUGGCCAUAAGGUAUAGCUGGUUUUCAC